AUGUCGGCAACUUCAACCAAGACCAAGACCAAGCUAACCUUGGAAAAGGAUUCUGAUUUCGAGACUUACUCAUCCGGACGCGACACAUCGUCGCCGCCGGAUCUUCGCAUCCUGCACUACAAUGAUGUCUACCAUUUAGACCCGUCAUCUGCCGAGCCUGUUGGCGGUGCGGCUCGUUUCCUCACUCUUGUCAAAGAAUACCAAUCUGGUCAAGAGUUCCAGGGACACCCGGAGCUGCUAACUUUAUUCUCUGGUGAUGUUUUUAACCCGAGCCUGGAGAGCUCCAUAACCAAGGGUAGCCACAUGGUGCCUAUUUUGAACUCGAUAGGGACGGCCUGCGCUUGUAUCGGGAAUCAUGAUCUUGACUUCGGUGUGAAUCAAUUUGAAUACCUGGCUCAGAAAUGCAACUUUCCCUGGCUCCUCGCCAACGUCCUCGACCCGGCAUUGGGCGAGGACGUUUCCAUCGGACACGCCAAAAAGACGCACAUGAUCACGGCAUCCAAUGGUAUCAAGGUCGGGUUGAUUGGCCUAGCCGAGCGCGAGUGGCUCGAGACCGUCAACGCAUUGCCCCCAGACAUCAUCUACAAGUCAGCUACGCAGACGGCCAAGGAACUCGUGCCGAAGCUACGCCAGGAAGGGGCAGAGAUUGUGAUUGCAUUGACGCACCAGCGCGAACCCAACGAUAACAAGCUGGCCGAGAAUAUGGGCGGCGAGAUAGACAUCAUUCUCGGCGGCCACGAUCACUUCUACAACCACAGCCUCAUCAACGGUUGCCACGUGCUCAGGUCCGGUAGUGACUUCAAGCAGCUUUCCUACAUCACUGCGCGCCGCUCCACGUCUGGCAAGUCCAGAUGGGACCUUGAGAUCCGCCGCCGGGACGUCAUCUCCGCAGUGCCUCAGGAUGGCGAAACAGCGCAGCUGAUCAACCAGUUGACAUCCAAGCUCAAGCAAAGUCUGGAGAAGCCGGUCGGUUGGACGGCCACACCCCUGGAUGCGCGCUUCACUGUCGUCAGGAUGCAAGAGAGCAACCUUGGGAAUUUCAUCUGCGACAUAAUGCGCCAUCACUACCAGGCUGACUGCGCAAUGAUGGCGGCUGGAACAAUCCGUGGCGAUAUGGUAUACCCGCCCGGCCCGAUCCGGAUCAAGGACAUUACCGAUUGCUUCCCCUUUGAGGACCCGGUGGUGGUCAUCAAGGUUACUGGACAGGAUAUAUGGGAUGCAUUGGAGAGUGGCGUCUCGCUGUAUCCGGCACAGGAAGGUCGUUUCCCUCAAGUGUCCAACAUCAAGUUCACGUUCGACCCGUCGAAAAAUCCCGGAUCUCGAAUAGUGAAAGCGAGUAUCGGCGGCGACGACCCGAUCAAGAUGGACAGGGUCUACGUUCUAUGCACCAGGGGAUAUAUGGCAAGGGGUAAAGACGGCUACAAGAGUCUUUUAAUCAAGGAAGAAGGCGGCACGGCCGAAGAGAUAGUAUCCGAGGAAAACGGCAUCCUCAUAUCCAUGAUGCUCCGGCAGUACUUCAUGUCGCUCAAGGUUCUGGAUCGCUGGAAGAACUGGAACCCGUCGCUCGACCGUCACUGGGGUCAAGUCAAGACCAACGUGACGCAGUAUCACCCGGUUCUUCCACCCUCACCUCUAGAAACGACCAAGGGCGACGAGAAAUUCCGCAUUCCGACGUUGCCCGCCCCUAAGACGAGCAAAGACGAGAUAGCCGCAGGCUGGCAGGCAUGGACAGCCAAAAGGUUGCGCCAACGCAAGACAUCUGUGGCGCCGUUCGAUGAACACGUAAUUGAUGACGCUGUGCCAACGCCGGACCAGGAGGAGCUGGAGAAGUUGGAUGAUGAGCUUCGCGUCAUGAGAAGAUAUUUUGAGCGCUGGUGUCGCAAGGCCGGGCUUCAACCAAGAGCCGAAAGCGAUGUCGGCGGAGACGAUCUGAUGGUCAAGUGGACGCAGGCCAUUGCACCACGGCUAGAGGGGAGGAUCACGAUAGUUGGAAAGGCCUGA